CAACUCUCUCCACCAGAGCUCGGACCUGUUUGCCAUGAUCGAGAGGAUGCAGGGUUUCAGAAUGGAUGAGCAGAGAUGCAGCCUCCCCCCGCCCCUCAAAACAGAAGAGGACUAUAUCCCUUAUCCCAGUGUCCAUGAGGUUCUGGGUCGCUGCAGCCCGUUCCCACUCAUCCUGCUGCCCCAGUUCGGAGGCUACUGGAUCGAGGGAAACAAUCAUGAGCCUAAAGAAGCACCGGAGGCUGAGCAACCUCCCUGUCCCUCGUCCAACAUCAAACUGGAGACCAACAGCACCGCCAAGAUCUACAGGAAACAUUUCAUGGGCAAGGAACACUUUAAUUACUACACCAUGGAUGCUGCCCUGGGCCACUUGGUCUUUUCCAUGAAGUAUGAUGUCAUUGGGGAUCAAGAGCAUCUGCGCUUGAUGCUUCGCACAAAGCUAAAAACCUACCACGAUGUAAUUCCCAUUUCCUGCCUUACCGAGUUCCCCAAUGUGGUUCAGAUGACCAAGCUUGUUUGUGAAGAAGUUAACGUGGACCGGUUUUACCCAGUCCUCUACCCAAAGGCGUCAAGGCUCAUCGUCACCUUCGAUGAGCACGUGAUCAGCAACAACUUCAAGUUUGGAGUUAUUUAUCAGAAGUUCGGCCAGACAUCGGAGGAGGAGCUGUUUGGGAACAUGGAUGAAAGUCCGGCCUUUGUGGAGUUCUUGGAGUUCCUGGGCCACAAGAUUGAGCUUCACGACUUCAGAGGGUUCCGAGGGGGGCUGGAUGUCGCUCACGGGCAGACGGGCACAGAAUCCAUCUACACAAGUUUCCAUAAUAAGGAGAUUAUGUUCCACGUGUCCACCAAGCUGCCUUACACAGAGGGAGACUCGCAGCAGCUGCAGAGGAAGAGGCACAUAGGCAACGACAUCGUAGCCAUCAUGUUCCAGGAGGAGAACACGCCCUUCGUCCCAGAUAUGAUCCAGUCCAACUUCCUGCACGGCUACGUGGUGGUGCAGGUGGAGAGCGCGUGCACGGACAAUGUCACCUACAAGGUGUCUGUGACAGCGAGGGAUGAUGUUCCUUUCUUCGGGCCGGCUCUGCCUGACCCUGCCAUCUUCAAAAAGGGCCCAGAGUUCCGUGAGUUCCUCUUCACCAAGCUCAUCAACGCAGAGUACGCCUGCUACAAGGCUGAGAAGUUUGCCAAGCUGGAGGAGCGCACACGCGCUGCCCUGCUGGAGACGCUCUACGAGGAGCUGCACAUCAACAGCCAGUCCAUGAUGGGUCUCGGUGGGGAUGAGGAUAAGCUGGAGAACGGUGGAGGCGGAGGAGGAGGAGGCUUCUUCGAGUCCUUUAAGCGGGUCAUCCGCAGCAGAAGCCAGUCUAUGGACGCCAUGGGCCUCAGUAACAAGAAGUCACACACAGUCUCCACUAGUCACAGUGGCAGCUUUACCCACAAUCCCGCAGAGAGCCCCAAAACCCCAGGGAUUUCAUUACUUGUCCCGGGGAAAAGUCCCAGUAAAUAUGGACGACGAGGCAGUGCCAUAGGGAUAGGAACAAUAGAAGAGUCAUUGAUAAUUCCUGGGAAAAGCCCAACCAGGAAAAAGUCCGGGCCCUUCAGCUCCCGGCGCAGCAGCGCCAUUGGCAUCGAGAACAUCCAGGAGGUCCAAGAGAGGAGCCGGGAGGUGUCGCCCAGCCCCCAGAGGACGUCCGACAUCAGCCACAUGUGGCUGGAAAAUAGACCCGACAACUCGUCCAAUCACAGCUCUCCAGAGUUUCCUCCCCCCAGGAACAGGGCGCCGUCCAUCCCCGAGGCGCAGGACCUUUCCCGCUCUUCCUCCAACGCCAGCAGCUUCGCCAGUGUGGUGGAGGAGCACGAGGAGGAGGAGGAGUACGACACCGGACUGGAGAGCGUGUCCUGUGUUACGCCGCUCAAGCAGGACUCGUUUGUGUUCAGCCCCGGCGCCGAGGACAGUGUGAGCAGCCCCGGCCAGGGAGGGUUUCCAGCUUCUCGUCUCGAGCAGCAAGCGGAUGGAGCGAAGACGCCGGAGCCGAAAGGGACAGACGGCAGGCCCAAGAUGGAGCCCCCCCCGCAGGAGCAAAAGUCCUCGUCGAACUGUUAGCCCCAACCCAGAUGAAACAAAAUCAACGUCCAUUUUCAGCAUAACCAUUAGAGGCUUUUGCCAAAAAUGAGCAGAGGGCAGUGGUAAUUUCCACCGCUGAUGCAGAAGGGGAGCAGAUGGAAACCCGAACAGGAGACCGAGGGAUCUGCCGCCUGUCACGACGAGACAUCCAGCUUCACGGACGUGUUCCUACCUGUCGCCCUCAUUCCAGCUCCACGUGAAAUCCCUCCUAAUCGCUUGAGGCGAAGACAAAGAGACCUCCACCACCUCUGGCUGAUGGACUGUCACGUGUCAGCUGGCUUAGCAGAGUACGUCUGCCUGCUCGCUCUCCGGGCCAGUAUACGCUCUGAGCUCUGAGACCUGAUUCUUUCUGUAAACUGCCCCCCUCCAAUGUCAUGUCUGCUUUUCAAGAUCGAAAUUGAUGAACGGGGGCUUUAAUCUCGAGAGGAGAAGCCGAGGGUCCAUAGAGAGAAGCGUUGCACUAGAGAGGAAAUGUGUUUUAAUGUCAGCCUUGCAUCCCACUGUGAUGUUGUCCAUGGGUUUUAAAUGUACCGGGUGUGCGUGUCAGUCAGGCCAUGUUUUGGUUUUAUUAUCUAUUCCUCUUCUUCUGAGUAACCU